GUUUGUUUCUUGAUCGCCCCUAUCUUCUACUUUUGCUUCUACUUUUGGCCUAGUGAAAAGGAGAGCAAAAUCAGAAGAAGUAUGACUACUCAUAUUUCACCUAUGGCAACAUCAGUCAAGCAAUUUCCAUCAACUAGCUUCAAUAUUCAGCCACUUCCAUCAGUUUUCCAUGGCUUUAAAAGAAAACCAACAAGAACUUCUAUUACUGCUUCCCUUAAAAAAGCUCCUCAUCUUUUCUCUUAUUCACUUAAAUUGCCUUCUGAAAACUUCAUUUUACAGAAGUCAUUUGUUCCACUUUCUGCUUGCCUUGCUAUUCUUCUCUGGUCCUCUCCUGCUAAUGCUGGAUUUCUUUCGGGUUCAACCGGAAUAGAAUCAGUUCCUGGACCUGAAUUGCCUAAGAUUGAUUUUCUUAAUCGGUGGAACGCUUUUCUUGCAGACAAUAAUCAGAAGAGGUAUGCAGAACUUGAUGCAAAGUUCAAAGAGUCGCCCCUGCUUAAACAGUUACUUGAAAAAUCCAAGCAAAACAAAGAGAAGAACGAAAAAUCAAUUCAAGACAAGUAUUGCCUACGAGGAGCUGAGUGGGGAGUUGGAGAUUGCUCUACAGCAGGAAUGACACCAGAAGAAAGAGACAGCUUCAUCGCCAUGUUGAAGCAGAAGGCAGGAGUAGAAUGAAUACAACUAUAUAUGUACCCUUUGUCACCAAUGUUGGUUCCAAUUUCCACUCUUCAAAUUUUCAAGAAUGCAAAUGGAUGAUGCAAAGAGUGAUGAUUGAACCUUAAUGGUGAAAAUUCACGAUAGGUUUCUGCAGAAACGGGGAGUUUGAUAAAGCCUCAAUACAUCAGAAGCUAUUAGUAUAAGCAGUAGAAUUAUGUCGAGGUCCAUUCUGCCCAUUGUUCAAUAGCUUGUCUAUACAUUGCAUUAGUAAUCUAUGAGCUUGAUAGUGGCAUAUUGAUUAUAUAAAAAAGUGAAGUUUUGCACCUA